CAAAUCUCCUGUUACACACCUGGGGUCCGAGAAUGCACCAAAAAGACAGUGGACCUUGUCUUUCUUUUUGAUGGAUCAGGAAGUAUGACAGAAGCAGAGUUCAACAAAAAUAAAGAUUUCAUAGAGGAUGUUAUGAACAGCCUUACAAACACAUCAGUCAAGUUUGCAGCAGUUCAGUUCUCAUUUGAUUACAGGAUGGUUUUUGACUUUAGUCACUUUAAAGCUGGCAGAGCACUCGAUAAACUUAAGAAAGAACCCCAUAUGAAGAGUCUCACCAACACACACAAAGCUCUCAGAUUUGUGUUGGAGGAAAUCUUUGACAACCCAGGUGCAGGUGCUUCUCCUGAUGCAACUAAAGUUCUGGUACUAAUCACAGAUGGAGAUCCCAGUGAUACAGACGCAUAUGGGAUUAUUAAAAGAUAUAAUGAAAAACACAUCAUUCGCUUUGUCAUUGCGGUCAAAGCUGCUAAGCUGGAUCAUUUUAAGGACAUUGCUUCAGAUCCAACUGACAAAUAUACCUUCAGAAUUGAGAACUACGACGAACUCACAGGGAUACUGGAAAACUUUCACAAGAUCAUUAUAAUGGAAGGCACCAAAGUGGCUCGAGCGCAAGAAAUGACUGAUGAAAUGUCUCAGAGCAGAUUCAGUGCUGUUUUCCACAAGGUCUGCAGUCCAAGUGUGGUCCAAGAAUGUUGGGAGAACUCCUAUCUGAACAGCGUGUGUUACAAGACUACAGAACAUCUUCAACAGAUCACCUCUUUUAAACCUGCUUCCCAAUGCACCAAAGUGGCUCGGGCGCAAGAAAUGACUGAUGAAAUGUCUCAGAGCAGAUUCAGUGCUGUUUUCCACAAGGAUACCUUGAUGCUGGGUUCAGUUGGAACAAACAGCUGGCGUGGUUCUCUUCACGAACGAAAGCCAACACAAACUGAAGUUCCACACGUGCAGAAGGACUCCUACAUGGGAUACUCUAUUGCUGUUGGACAGAAGAACAACGCUCCUCUAUAUUUCACGGGUGCACCAACAUUUGAGCACACGGGACAGGUCGUACUUUUCAGACAAGAUUGUAACAACUGGACCGCAGCCCAAAGAAUAAAUGGGGACCAGGCUGGUUCCCACUUUGGUGCAGAGCUGUGCUCAGUAGAUGUCAACUCUGACGGUAACACUGACUUCCUGCUGGUGGGAGCUCCCCUCUUUAACCAGCCUCAGGAGAAGACUCAAGGCCAGAUCUACGUCUAUACGCUGACUGAUGAGAUGGAACUGAGAAGUGAACUGAAUGUGACGGCACCUUCCUCGGGGAGAUUUGGCACCACCAUAUCCAGUCUCGCAGACCUGAACGGAGACGGGCUCCGAGACGUCGCUGUUGGAGCCCCACUGGAGGACGAUGACAGGGGCGCUGUGUACGUCUACCUGGGAGACGGGCGCAGAGGGAUACGCAGUCAUUUCAGCCAGAGGAUCCUGGGACAGAAAAUAAAGCCCGGGAUGAGAUUCUUUGGACAGGCUAUCGAUGGGGACGUCGGCCCCGGAGAGGACGGACUCCCAAACAUUGUGGUGGGAUCACAGGACAUGGCUGUUGUCUUGAGGUCCAGGCCUGUCUUCAGUGUCUUGGCUCGUCUGUCUUUCCAUCCUGAGAAGAUAAGCACUGAGACAACUGACUGUCUGGGAAACACUGAGGAAAAUAGAGUUCUGCCAAUGGUUACCUUAACGGCCUGCUUUGAGCUGGUCGAAACAACAAAGAGCAAAGCAGGGGCAGUGAACUCAGGACUGAACAUCUCGUGUGCGCUCAGCGUGGAUCCAAUGAGACAAACGCAUCGAGCUUUCUUCAGUCCAGCUGAUUGGACCGCUAGGAAUCUUACCUCAACGCUAAAGCUCAGGGAUAAAGACACCUGCUUCAACUACUCAGUCUACAGGCCUCAAUGUGUGGAUGACACAUCAUCACCGGUCAGCAUCAGACUAAACUUCUUCCAAGCUGACAGUGAGAGAGCGAGAGUCGUCCUGGACGUGGACAGCAAAAGGCAGGCUGUUGCUGAGGUUCCCUUUCAAAAGUAAAUGUUGAGGAAAGUACACCUGAACUUGGAAGCUGGAUUUGAAGUAUGUCAAGCAGCAAAGAGAGAACUGAAAUCAUAUAUCAGUAUAUUGGCACCGUACUGAUGAGGGCAACUGUUUGUGUUUUCCUGCAGUACAACCCACUCUCAUGCCAACAUGUUCGUCUCAUCAAAUCAUUGUAAUCAUGCAUAUAAUAAAGGUAUAUCUCCAAUGUU